CUCAUUCCAGCACGGUCAACCCCGCCGGCAGCAGCAACAGCGGCCGCUUCUUUUUUUUUUCCCCCUCCAAACUCAAGUUUAGACUUAACAAAAGCGUCGGCUUUUUAUUUAUUUUUAAGCGAACGUCUUUUUUUGUGUCUCGUCUUCGUUUUUGAAACCAAGUCCGCUAUUAUUUCGUCCUAAAAACACCAGGAAACAAAGUUGCACCGUAGCCCGGUCGCGCUAACAAAGGAAAAAAAAUAAUUUCUCCUGAGAAAAUAAUCUCCCACUACUCUCUAGUUAUGAGUCAUGUGGUCGUUGAUAAUCCACACGGUCUAGAUCAGCAGCUCGCUGCCCUAGACUUGAACUCAGUUGAGGGACAAGGCGGAGGAAGUGGCAGACGUUACAUUCCACCUCACUUGAGGAACAAAGAUGGUCCCAAAAAUGAUUCAUCUGGUUGGGACGGUGGCCGCAGCAACGGAUUUGUGAACGGCUACCACGACAACCGCACAAACGGGGGCUUUGGAGGACGUGCACCGCCUCGCCACGAUAGAGGUUUUGGCGGUUACGAUCACAAAGACGGCAACUGGGGUGGCCAGUCCAGGGACAACGCCUACAACAGCUUCGGAGGCCGUAAUGACAGAUCAAAAUCGGCCUUCUUUAAUGACCGCGGGGCAGGCUCGAGAGGACGGUACGAACGUAGUGGCUUUUCUAGCGGCGGAAACAGCCGUUGGACAGAAGAGUCUAGAGAUGAGGAUUGGUCCAAGCCUACUGCUCCCAACGAGCGUCUAGAACACGAGCUCUUCUCCGGCAGCAACACGGGUAUUAAUUUUGAGAAGUAUGACGAUAUUCCCGUGGAAGCCACAGGAAGCAACUGCCCACCCCACAUUGAAAGCUUCCAUGACGUGGACAUGGGGGAGAUCAUCAUGGGCAACAUCACCCUGAGUCGCUACACGCGUCCCACUCCAGUCCAGAAGCACGCCAUUCCCAUUAUUAAGUCCAAGAGGGAUCUCAUGGCUUGUGCCCAGACUGGAUCUGGAAAGACUGCUGCUUUCCUGCUGCCCGUGUUGAGUCAGAUCUACACAGAUGGGCCAGGCGAUGCUCUGCAGGCUGCCAAGAAUAGUGGACAGGAAAAUGGAAGAUAUGGGCGUCGUAAGCAGUACCCCAUCUCCCUGGUCCUUGCUCCCACCAGAGAGCUGGCCCUGCAGAUCUACGAUGAGGCCAGAAAAUUUGCCUACCGCUCACGUGUGCGCCCGUGCGUGGUAUACGGUGGCGCGGACAUCGGUCAGCAGAUCAGGGACUUGGAGAGAGGCUGCCACUUGCUGGUUGCCACUCCGGGGCGCCUGGUAGACAUGAUGGAGAGGGGCAAAAUUGGGCUGGACUACUGCAACUACUUGGUGCUAGAUGAAGCUGAUCGCAUGUUGGACAUGGGCUUUGAGCCACAGAUCAGACGCAUUGUGGAGCAAGACACCAUGCCGCCUAAGGGCAUCCGUCAGACAAUGAUGUUUAGCGCCACCUUCCCCAAGGAAAUUCAGAUUCUUGCACGCGAUUUCCUGGAGGAUUACAUUUUCCUGGCCGUCGGCCGCGUCGGGUCCACCUCUGAAAACAUCACCCAGAAGGUGGUCUGGGUGGAGGAGACUGACAAGAGGUCCUUCCUCUUGGACCUGCUGAACGCCACAGUUAUGCCCAAUGAGGUUCAGGAAAAUGGGACAGAUGCCCCAGAAAAGCCAGGCAAGGACUCGCUGACUCUUGUUUUUGUGGAGACCAAAAAAGGCGCAGACGCUUUGGAAGACUUUCUGUAUCACGAGGGCUACGCUUGCACCAGCAUCCACGGCGAUCGCUCGCAGAGAGAUCGCGAGGAGGCGCUGCACCAGUUCCGCUCAGGACGCUGCCCGAUCCUUGUGGCCACAGCUGUGGCUGCAAGAGGUCUGGACAUCUCCAAUGUCAAGCACGUCAUCAACUUUGACCUGCCCAGCGACAUUGAAGAAUACGUUCACCGUAUUGGCCGUACGGGACGUGUGGGCAACCUCGGUCUGGCCACGUCGUUCUUUAACGACAAAAACAGCAACAUAACCAAAGAUUUACUUGAUAUUUUGGUGGAGGCCAAGCAGGAGGUCCCCUCCUGGCUCGAGAGCCUGGCCUAUGAGCACCAGCAUAAGAGCAGCAGCCGCGGUCGCUCCAAGAGAUUCUCCGGCGGUUUCGGCGCUCGCGACUACCGACAGACACCGGGAGGAUCCGGAGGCUUCGGCAGCAACCGCACAGGCCGGAACACCGGCGGACACGGAGGCAAUCGAGGCUUCGGCGGAGGAGGCUUCGGAGGCAACUUCUACAGCAACGACGGCUACGGAGGAAAUUACAGCCACUCAGGAAGUGUGGACUGGUGGGGCAACUAGUCAGCAAAGGAGUAGGUUGCCAUGCCACCCUGAUGGGAAACCACAUGUUUAAAAAAAUAUAUAUUCAAACAAACAAAAAAAAACGCCAGACCAUAACAACCCUCCCUGUGUAGCUUCACUGACACAGUUCAUUCACAAGCCCGGUUCUCGACCAGGCGCUUGUCUCUAAACAAUCACACGAGUGCGGCGUGACGCUAAGGAAAGUCGGCAGCACCUCGCGUGAAUACGGACGCCGACACUGAAGCGGCGGGGAGUUCUCUCCUCCCCGAAAACGGCCACGCCGCGGGAUGACUCGCAUGUUCACGGUUCUCUGCCUUUUUCAAUUGAAAUCUGCGUCCUCAUUUCACCAGAUGGAAAAACCGGCCAAGAGCUCCAAUUUUCGUUUUGACUGUUAAGUAUGGUGGCAAAUAUUAGAAAGGUUUAAAAAAAAAAGAAAAAUUAAGAGAAAAUAAGCUGGAAUGUAAUCAAACCUUGGCAAAAAAACGGGGGUUUUGUGGCUCUUUCCGAGUCACGAUUCCAUUUGAAUCUGAAAAUUUUCUAGCAAACAGCUGACGGGCCCACUGUGCCGCUCUGAAUUCUCCGCAUUUUCAUUUGUUUUUCUUUUGCUCACUCUAUCCUGGACUGGCUCCUUUCGAUUUUGCGACGGAAAUGAGCGUCGCCCUUAAACCCGCGUCGCCCGGUUCGGAGCCGACAACGGCUGAAGUCCAACAGACUUGUAACUCCAUCAUUUUCUUUCCUUUAUUUCAAUUGACUUGACAGUGUUACGGCAGCUACCACGUUACCGAGCGCUACUGCGUAAAGUGGGCGGUUUUUCACUUUUUUUUUUUUAACUUAAACAUUUUCAAUGUACAAAAAAUUGUAGAGACAAACAAAACCUGAGUCAGUUUUUUUUUUUUGGUUCUGCGUACGCAUCCAAACAAAAAAAAAGGCCUGCGUAAACGGUGAAAGCGGGCUGCGUUAAAAGGACCAGGGCAUCGGGAGGGGGCACGUAUUUCGCACCGCGACGGUCCGCAUGUGCAAGUGUUAUGUUUUUUGGUCAAGGUGAAAGGUCACGUGAGUCGUAGGCUUAAACAUUUUCUCUUUUUCAAGCUGCGUUUUUUUUUUUGUGGGGGGCGGGAGGGAGAAGUUCAUUGCUUUAAAGCAGGGGUUUUUCGAUAGAAAAACCGUCCCUCUCUGCUUUAAAUGUCAUUCAACCAGGGAGUAAGGAGGCGGGGCUAAAGCUGAAAGAGGGAUGGUCAUCAGUGCAAGCACUGGAAGGGGAGGGCUCCAUUUCCCACGUGGUAACGGUGGGUUUUGCCAGGAGUUGACAGAAAAACUGUCCCUCUCCUCUGCUUUAAAUGUCAUUCAACCAGGGAGUAAGAAGGUGAAGCUUAAGCGGAAAGGGGCGCAGUUAUCGAUGUAAGCACUGGACGGGGAGGGCUCCACUUCCCACGCGGUAACGGUGGGUUUCACCAGUAGUCAAUAGAACUGUCCCCCUCCGCUGCUUUAAAUGUCAUUCAACCACAGAGUAAGGAGUAACGGCGGGAAGAGUCCAUUUCCCACGCAGUAACAAAAGGUUUCGUCAGUAACCGAUAGAAAAACCGUCCCGCUCCCCUGCUUUAAAUGUAAUUCAACCUGGGAAUAUGGAGGCGGGGCUUAAGCGGCGCAAUCAUCGGUGCGAGCAAUGGAGAGGGACGGCUCCUCUUCUCAUGCGGUAACGGCGAAGGGAGUCAUUUCCCACUCGGUAACGGCAGGUUUCGUCAGUAACUGAUAGAAAAACCAUCCCUCUCCUCUGCUUUAAAUGUAAUUCAACUGGGGAAUGAGGAGGUGGAGCUUAAGCAGAAAAGGGCGUGGUCAUUGGUGUAAGCACUGGACAGGGACUGCUCCAUUUCUCAUGCAGUAACGGUGAGAAGAGUCUAUUUCCUACGCAGUAAUGCCAGGUUUCAUCAGUAGCCGAUAGAAAAACCGUCCCUCUCCUCUGCUUUAAAUGUAAUUCAACUGGGGAAUAAGGAGGUGGGGCUUAAGCGGAAAAGGACGCGGUCAUUGGCGGAAGCACUGGACAGGGACGGCUCCAUUUCCCACGCAGUAACGGCAGGUUUCAUCAGUAGCCGAUAGAAAAACAGUCUCUCUCCUCUGCUUUAAAUGUAAUUCAACCAGGGAGUAAGGGGGCGGGGCUUAGGUUAAAAGGGGCGCGGUCAUAGAUGUAAGCACUGGACGGGGAGGGGUCCAUUUCCCAUGCGGUAACGGCAAGGGGAAAGGGGGUGGGGCUAUCUAAAGUACUGUCUGCCGAUGCUCGGAUUCUCUCAUCAGGUGUGUUGUGCCUUGUAAAUGUUUUAUAAUAAUAUAAAAAAAAAAUGUGCGAAUUAAAGCAGAUGCACUGAUUGCGCGGAGAAGGCAAGGUGGAAUGGUGCUACUUGAUUUCGCCGCGUCGAGACCCUCGCUCGCUCGUGCGCGUGUAUGUUGUGCCCAUCGAGUUUUACGAACUUUCUUUUUAUUGCACAUCCAGAGUUUUAUAGAUGUGUGUCCUUAGGCUUCCAAAUACGGCGGUUGGGGGGGCGGAGUUUCAAAAGAAUAAAAACGCAGCUUGUUUACAAAGGGUUGUCAAAGUUUAAAAAGAAGAAAAAAUAUUUGGGACCAGGGGGUAUUUAGCAGUCGGGGGUGGGGCGGGGAAUUUAGCCAUUUGCACAGAUUUCUAGAUUCUACUUUUGCUGCUAGUUUUUGUGUAAUUUAUUAAACAUUUUUGACAAAUAUUUAUUUUUGUAAGCCUCAAAAGUGAUUCUUUGAAAGUUUCAGAAAACUUGACCAAAAGACAGUACAAAAAAAUAAAGAAAUAAAAAAUAAACACUGGCACUUGAAUGUUGAAUGUCACCUGUAUGCGUGAAAUUUCUAUAUUCCGGGUAGUGUGAGCUUUUUAAAUGUUUAAAAAAAAAACAUCGGACUCAGUACCUACUUGGUAAUAAAAUCCCACAGCUGUGUUCAGGGCCUACGACGGGCCGGUCAUCUGAUUUAUUGAAAUUCUCCCAGUUGGUCUGCAAAAAAAGAAUUACAGAAAUUCUUUUAAAAAGAAAGAAAAUUAAUAAAAAACAUGCCAAGGUUUGGGAUCAAGCUGUUAAAAGAGCAAAACAAAUUUCCUAAGCGUAGCGUCAGUGUUCUGAUUCUCCUAGCGUGUGCGUAAUAACUCUCGAUUUGGUCCGAUGAUUUUUUUUUUUUUUUUUUUUUUCUCCAGCGAGAAUGUCUGGCGCGUGGCAAUCCGAAACGAAACAUGUGGUUUAUUGUCAUUGUUGUAUUCGCAUUAUAUAAUAGCGCUCUCCUGUUCCGGUCCGGAAGGAACCGCCGAGCUCUUUAGACGUAGGACUUUUUUUGCUUUCUGUAUUAGCUUUCCGUGCUCGUUCUCAGCUCGGGAAAUAAUAACUCUUGUAUUAUUUUUAUCUGAAUAAAUAUGUUCCGAUGCAAAAGUUAUCCGGAAAGCGGACUCUAGCAUGUUUACUGUCGUAGUUAAAAAGAGAAAUGCCUGUAGCAAUGCCGUCCCUUGCCUGUGGGGGGCGGUAAACUUUCUAAUUGGUAUUGAUUGGAUGGGCUGUUUUCUUUUGAAGAAAUUAUAUAAAGAUUUCAUUUGUAA